AUGCCUGUACUCAGCCUGAUGCCUGCCAGUUGACUCGAUGCCCGCUGUUGAUCCAGAUGAUCCGGUACCUGAUACGGUGCCCGCUGUCGUGCCAAUUGACUCAGAGCCCGCUGUCGUACCUGGUGACUCGGUGCCCACUGCCUUGCCAGAUGACGCGGUGCCCGCUGGCGAGCCAAAUUACCUGAUGCCUGGUGACCCAGUGCCCGCUGUCAUGCCUGACAAUCCGGUACCUGAUGACCCGGUGCCCACUGUCGUGCCUGUUGACUCGGAGCCCACUGCCUUGCCAGAUGACGCGGUGCCCGCUGUCGAGCCAAAUGACCUGAUGCCUGGUGACCCGAUGCCCGCUGUCCAGCCAGAUGAUUCAAUGUCUGCCCCAGUGCCCGCGGUCAUGCCAGUUGACUCGGAGCCCCACUGCCUUGCCAGAUGACGCGGUGCUCGCUGUC